AUGGCCGCUGCGCAGACGGACUCUUCUUCAACGUCUAGUAUCUCUGCAUCAUCUACCGACCCUUCCUCGACCCCAAUUCUUUCAAGCUCUUCCACUUUGCCAUGUGGAUGCACGGAUCAUGCUUCCUCUGAAGUCACCCCCUCGGCAACCUCUUCUGUCUCUGCAUCAUCCUCGUCUCCUUUGUCUUCGACUGCAUCGGCUUCUCUAUCUUCGAUUGCAUCGUCCCUGUCUUCGAUUGCAUCAUCUCCUCUGUCUUCGAUCGCACCGUCUACUGCGUCAGCGGCAGGCUCGAUCAUCACCGUUGCCACAGACGGGAGUGGACAGUUCACUGCCAUCAGCCCCGCCCUCUCUUAUGCGCAGAACAGCGGCAUUCCAACAGUGUCCAUUAAAGCCGGUACCUACACGGAUUCCAUUGUAGUGCAAGCUACUGCUGCUGUCACUGUCAUUGGCGAAGCGUCUUCACCAAACGACUACUCCCAAAACAAAGUCGUGGUUUCGAACUCAGGGCUCCCCCUUUCAUGGAACACAGCCGCUAGCUUGGGCACGACAUGGAAGAACAUCAACUUCGUCAACCCUGGUACUGCCGGACCCGCCGUAUCGCUGAGUGGCCCCAAGAAUGCCUUUUACAACUGCCAGUUCGUCUCCGCUGGUGCCUUGGGUAUCUCUGCGUCUACCGGCACCACAUUCAUAUACAACUCGUACAUUGAGGCGCAAGGGAAGCUGAUCUACAACACACCCAACAUGUACAUCUAUGGCUCUACCAUCACUCCUACAGCGAGUAAUGCCUUGUUAGUUUUCAACAAGGGGGUGUCGUCCAACAACGUGGUCAGCAGCAACUCUACCGUUGUCUUCGACUCCUGCACUGUGACUCCGAAGUCUGGGUCCACAGUUUCCAGGAUCUACCUUGCUGCUGGUAACGGUGACGGCUCCGUUGUCGUUUGGAGGAACUCUGCUUUGUCUAGCUUCAUCGCCAGUACUGGUGUCUACGUCAACGCGAAUACACAGCGUUCGACCAAUUUCUACGGCGAAUUUGGUAACACCGGCGCCGGAGCCUACUCUGCUAACUCGGCCGCGAGGGCUUCGUAUGUGACGAGCUUGAGCAUUGACCAGCUGUCCCAAUUUACCGCGGACCAGGUCUUCGCGAAGGCUCCUGCUUCGGUCGCCACAUCGAACACAAACUGGAUCGACUCCUCGGCCAUCUCGGUCAUCCAGGAUUCAGAUGCUUCACAAGUUGCCAAGGCAAGCACGGUGGCCGUGGUGUCAUCUACAUCUUCCUCGUCUUCUAGCCAGGCGAGCUCGUCGAUACCAGCCAGCUCAAUCUCCUCUUCGUCUCUCUGGUACUUUUGCUUCGGUAUCUUCGAGUUCAUCCUUGAGCUCUGUGGCUUCCACAAGCGAAUCUGCGAGCACGAGUACCAUUGCGAGCACCUCAUCUGCUGUCUCCUCGGUUUCUUCCAGCAGUCAAACGUCGGACGGAGGCGCUUCCUCAACAACCACGACAUCGCCGCCGCUAUCAAUGACAUGUCUUCGGAUACGUCUAAGACGGAGUAUGUCUACGUCCUUGCCGGUACAUACACUGAGCAGAUUGUCUUCACACGUGUGGGAGCCACCGUUUUCCGUGGAGAGUCUUCCGCCGAGCUCGAUCAAUCAAGUAACAAGGUCAUCAUCAAGUCUUCAUCCGGGGUGCUCUCGAGCAAUGGAGGCUCCUCUGCUACUGCCCCGUUCCAAGCGACGCAGUACUACAGCAAGAGCAUCGCUUUCUACAACAUCAACUUUGAGAAUGAUUACCCCGCCACCACAGGCUACAACGCUGUGGCUUUGUCCACGAAAGCCAAAAAUAUUUACUACUACAACUGUGGGAUUACAUCCUCGCAGGGAGCUCUGCUGCUCAACCUCGGAUCCCACUAUUUCUCUGGCUGCAAGAUCACUGGCACUACAGAUAUUGUGUGGGGCCAAGGCGGUGCUUACUUUUACAACUCCAAGAUCGUCAGCACUGGCACGGCAUCUGGCCAAUCCAUCUCGGCACAGUCCUAUCAGUCACAGUACGCACCUUCUCAGUUUGUCUUUGACACGUGUACGUUCGUGCCCAAGGACACCAACGUGCCGAAGGCAAGCACCUACCUGGGCCGCGACUACACGACUUCGGCACGUGUUGCCGUGAUCAACUCUUACCUGGACGCCCACAUCGCUCCAAUUGGGUGGUUGAUCGCAUCGAAGACGACAAAUGUCACAUUUGUUGAGGCCAGCAACUCCGGGCCUGGAGCGGCAACGGCCUCUAGAGUCUCGCAGAUCUUGACCGACACUUCCGCGUACACCGCCCAAAAUGUGCUUGGAUCACUUUCGAUCGACACGGCCGCCGUUGCACCUGCUGCAACAUUCCCAGACAGCGUUUAUGGCGCCGUGAUCUCCUCCAGCUCGCUGAGUGCAUCAUCUACGCCAUCAGCGUCAACCUCGACAUUUGUCUCUGCGUCAAGCACCUCCGCUGCAGCCACUGCAACGAAUACGCUCGUUGUUGCGAAGACACCUGCUGACGGUGAAUAUGGGAACGUGACCGCGGCCAUUGCAGCGCUUCCAAACGAUGGCAAGGACUACACCAUCUCCAUCCGCGCUGGUACGUACGAGGAGCAGUUCAUCAUUAACCGGAGUGGCAAGGUCACCCUCCGUGGCGAAACGGCGUUUCCCAAUGACUUCUCCCAAAACCAAGUCACUAUUCAGUUCUCCUACGGUGUUCUUACGAGCGCGGGCCAGAACGAGUUGACCCCCGUCAUCAAUGCCAAGAAGACCGACGGCUCCGGCCUCGCUCUGUACAACAUCAACUUUGUCAACACGUACCCGCAGACAAAGAACACGGCUGCGUUGGCUGCGGACUUCUACGGAACAAACAUGGCUGCUUAUGGCUGCAAGUUCAUCGGCUACCAGGAUACCCUUCUUGCUAACAAGGGCACCCAAGUCUUCUCCAACUGCUACAUCGAAGGCUCGAUUGAUUACAUCUGGGGCUUCUCAACGGCAUAUUUCCACCAGUGUUAUAUCGCAUCUAACACGGCUGGCGGUUACAUCUCCGCGAUGAGCCGUGCCUCAGCUUCGGCCACCGGCGGCUAUGUCUUUGACAAGUGCUAUGUCACCUACACGAGUACGUACGGAUCGACUUUCGGCACGAGCUACCUUGGCCGCCCGUACUCAAGCUACAGUAUUGCCGUGUACAUGAACUCUUUCAUCGACAAGCACAUCAGCUCUGCGGGCUGGUCUGUAUGGCAGACAAGUAACCCACAGACGGACAACAUCCUGUUCGGCGAGUUCAAUAACACCGGUCCCGGAAGUUGGUCGAGCUCUCGUGCAACUUUCGCAACCAACUUGACCGAGUCUCAGGCUGCCGCCUAUAGUCUGGAGUCUUGGAUUGGUAGCACAACCUGGCUUGACAUGGAUGCGUACAACUACGCACCGUCGUACGAUGUCUCUGGAGCGAGCGCGUCAAGCACAAGCCCCUCGACAACAACAACAUCCGCAGUCCCUUCCGCAACGGCAACUUGGGCGCACCCCUCGAGCGGAGCAACUCCACCUGCAGGAGCAGUGUUGGUUUCGGUCGGAGGCUCUGUCAAUGGAUCGUACAGCAGUCUCACCGAUGCUCUGGCAGCUCUGCCGUCCGACACAUCCACGCAGAUUAUCUUCAUGUAUCCUGGCACUUACAACGAGCAACCUCCCGCCGUGAACAGGCCCGGUCCCGUGCAGAUCAUCGGUGCGCAGGAUGGCAAUGCUGGCCAGACCUACAAGGCGAACAAGGUUAUUCUGACUCAAUCGCGCGGAUUGUCAGUCUCGCCUCUACCAACUGGUCAUUCUGAUGCCGAGACUGCCACGUUCUCUACGUCCGGAACGAAGAUCGCCGUGUACAAUGUUGAUAUCAUCAACUCAGACAAUCUGGAUGGAUCACUUUCGUCUUACGUCACCCUGGCUGGUUCUAUCUACGGUUCGCGGAUCGCAUUCUACGGAUGCAGCUUCAUUGGAUGGCAGGAUACUCUGCUGACUGGAAGCACCAACGGCUACCAGUACUAUGAAUCCUGCUACAUUGAUGGCGCCAUCGACUUCAUUUGGGGCUAUUCCAAAGCGUACUUCAAGGGUUGCACUAUCGGUGCCAAGAGGCAGAAGUCCGCAAUCACGGCCCAUAGCCGCGCUUCCUCUAGUGCCAUUGGAGGCUACAUCUUCGACCAAUGCCUGUUUACCGCUGCUUCCACUGCCACCGUUGAUCUUACGCAAUCUGUCUACCUUGGCCGUCCUUACAGCCAGUAUGCUCUGGUGGUUAUCAAGAACUCUUACCUUGACAACAUUAUCCAGCCCGCCGGUUGGAAGGUCUGGUCAACUUCAGACCCGCGAACCGCCUACGUUACCUUUGCCGAGUUCAACAACACUGGUCCAGGUAACUGGGAGAACAACGCUGCAGCGCGUACCGCGUUUGGUAGCUGCACGCUGUUGACUUCCGAUACCUAUACUUUGUCUGCAGUCAUGGACUCGCCCUCGGACUGGAUUGACAUGACGUACUGGGACUCGAUUACCACGCCCACUGUAGCAGCUUCGACUGGAACCACGCCGACUACGGGCAACGGCACGUCGGUGUAUGACGGCACUACUCCGCCGGCGGGUGCAUUUAUUGUGUCCAAGACGGCCAUCGAAGGUGUAACAACUUACGAUACCAUCCAGAGCGCUCUGAAUGCCCUGCCAACGUCGAGCAGCAAGGUUGGCACCAUCUUCAUUUACCCAGGAGUGUACAACGAACAGCUUGUACUGAGUAAGUCCGGAACUACUGUGUUCAUUGGCUACUCGAAUGCUACGGACGACUACUCUCAGAACGAGGUGACGAUCGAGUUCAACAAGGGCAUUGACACCCAGGCCGAUGCCUCCAACUCUGACAGCGCCACGGUGUACGCCACGGGCAACUACUUCCAGGCCUACAAUAUCAACUUCAAGAACUCAUUUGGCACCACGGAGGACUAUGCUUCACUCGGCUUCGGCGUCAAGUCCAGCAAGUAUGCUUCGCUGUAUGGCUGCCAAGUCUACGGAAACCAGGAUUCGCUGCUCAUCAACGGUUAUCUCUUUGCCUUCAAGUCCCUGAUCGUUGGCAACAUCGACAUGAUCUGGGGCUCCGGCGCGGCCUACUUCCUCAGCUCGACUAUUUCGCCGAACACUGAUGAUGUCAGUUUGACUGCCAAUAAGCGUGCAACCAACACGACGGCCGCUGGUUUCGUGUUCGAUCAGUGCACUGUCAAACCCGCACCAGGUACCGGCCCCUUCAAGGAAAUCAGCCUUGGACGGCCUUGGAACAAUCUCGCGCGAGUGGCGUACAUCGAGACGUAUCUUGAUUCCUGUGUCGAAGCUUCCGGCUGGAGUCAAUGGUCCAAGUCGAGCCCUCAGACUGACGGAGUCACUUUCGCCGAAUAUGGGAAUACUGGGCCGGGAGCGAGCACCUCUGGACGUGCGACGUUCUCCACUCAACUUUCAGCUGCAGAUGCCGUCCAAUUUCAGCUGACCAACUUCUUCUCGGUCACAUCCUGGAUCAACUUUACCCAUGUGGAUGUGAAUCCGUUUGUUGCCGGGAGUGUUCCUACAUCGUCCGCAGUUUCAUCGUCCGCUCUUCCCACGACUUUCAGCACUCUGGUUUCUUCGUCCUCAUACAUCCCAAGUACCAUUUACAUCACCAAACUCACGACUGAUAAGGAAACACUCUUCACGACCUUGACUGCUGCGGACUCGACAAUCACUUCUACCCAAACGAUUACGCAGGACAAUGGUGUCACUGUAACCCCUGAUCCUACAUACAAGACCAGCACCGUGAAGAGCACAACGACCAUUGGUGAAACAGUCUCUCAGCCGGAUGUGACGCAGACCUCCACAGUGGUUAUUACCAGCGACGUCGGACUCACGAUCACUCCCGCUCCCACUACAGUAACCUCGACUCUCAAGGAUACGACGACGAUUCUGGUCACUUCCACCAAAGCGCCUGAGACAACCACCAUCAAGAGCACAAUCACCUCCAUGAGUGUCAUCACGAAGACACUUGAUCCAGUGACAUCCACCUUGAGCUUCGGAUCCACUAUCACCAUCACCAGCGUCUCAACCCCGAAGUCUUCGCAAGUUACCUCGACGACGACAAUCACCUCCGGAACCGGCGGCACGUCGACCAAGACAACCAAGGCAGCGACAUCCUACGUCACCAUCACCUCUGUCAAGACGACCACGAAGAAAACCACCACAACUCUCUCCUGCAUCCCGACCGCCCACGCCGCCAUCAAGCGCCGCCACCUCCAGCCGCGCGCCGCCGGCGACAUCACCACCACCAUCAUCUCGACCCUAACCUCCUUUGUCAAAACCUCGACGGCCACGCUCCCGGCCCGCUCCACCACCACCUCCGUCCUCACCCUCACCAAAACCACCGGCUCCCUCACCACCCUCAAACCCUCGACCAUCACCACCCUGACCACCUCCUGGGCCACCAAAUCCGCCGCCACCACCAUCCCCGGCCGCACGACCGUCACCACGACCACCUCCACCAAGCUCACCGGCAAAACCACCACCCUCAAAGCCGGAUCCACCUCGACCGUCACCGUCACCCAGCUCUCCACCAGGACCGCCACCACCUCCGUCACCGCGGGCGCCGGCGCCGUGGUGACGACGACGUCCCUCGCCACCGCCGUCGUCAAAUCCACGACGACGCUGUCGGCCAGCACGAGGUUCGUCACCGUGUCCAAGGUCGCGACGAGCACGGUCGUCUCGACGGCUCCCGUGACGACGCAGACGGUCUGGAAGACGGUGAAGACGACGGUCGGCCCCAGCGCGACGACGGUGGUGCAGAGCACGGUCGUGGCGACGACGACGGUGAAGAGUACGAGCACGGUUGUCAGCGUCGUGAGUAAGACGAGUAAGGGGGCGGCGGCGUGUACGGCAGCGUAG